AUGGGUGCGCAUUCACAAUAUGUUGCUUUAAGAUCCCUAUUGCAGAAAAAAAGAGAAUUAAAAAUGGUUCUUCGCAUUGGCGUAGUAGGUGCUGGUAUCGAAGGCAUGUCAACUGCCAUCAACAUUCAGAGACAGUUUAUCGAUGCCCAAGUAACUGUGAUAGGAGCUGACUUUAGUCCACGUAUCCGUGGUAAAGCAGGAUCUACAAAUUGUGGCGCAGCAUUUAUUAUGCCUGAAUUUUUAGCGGGUACACCACAGGAAUUACAAAAGCAGUGGACAAAGGCUACCCAUGAUCAUCUAGUUAAGAUCUACUAUGGUCCUGACGCUAAUAGGCUUGGUGUCAAUAUGGCUAGUGGUUACGCUCUCUUUACCGAAAUUGGUGAAAUUAGCAAGGGUCCACCUCACUGGGCUGAAACCCUAUUUGGUUGGAGAAAAGCUACUCCGGAAGAAAUGAGUGUCUUUCCAGAAAAAUUUUUGGAUGGUUGGAAUUUCGGCACCAUUGUUGUAAAUCCAGGAAUCUAUACCGAAUAUUUGUACGACAGAUUCCGAUUACGAGGUGGAAAGAUAGUACAACGUAGACUUGAGUCCAUGGACGAGAUCGCUAACGACUUCGACGUGUUCGCUUGUUCACCCGGUCUUGGUGCUUUUGAAUUACUUAAAGACGAAACUAUGAUGCCUAUGCGUGGUCAACUUAUUGCUGUAUCGGCACCUUGGGUUAAAUUUUUCUACGGUUACGAAAAGGAUGACGAAACUCUAUGCUAUAUUAUUCCUAGAGUCAAUGAUGUAAUCCUGGGUGGUACCUUCCAAGUAGGCGAAUGGGAUACCACACUGGAUGCGGACAUUACUAAGAGAAUUCUGGAUGACUGUACUGAAAUUGUACCAAGCUUGAAACAUGCCAAAAUAGUAGAUGAGUGGGCAGGUUUGAGGCCAGGUCGUCCAAGUGUUCGCUUGGAGUAUGAACAUCGAGAGUUAGACAGUGGCAAAAAGAUACACGUUGUCUAUAACUACGGACAUGGAGGAGCUGGCGUUACUUUACAUUGGGGCUGUGGCCAGAUGGCCGCUGGCUUCGUGAAAGAUGCAAUCGAGAAGAAUGGCUUGAGAUCUCUAUUGUAAAUCCUGCUAAUGCAAUAGAAUAUAAAUUGAAAUCUUAAUUAAUGUCUCCCGUAAUUAGUCUUAAAAACAUUGAUUAAUUUCCUUAUAUUGCAUCAGUAGCUGUGUCGAUGACGUAGGUAAUGAUAAAGUUGAGAACAUUAAUGCUUCAAUAUUAAUGUUGUCCUAAUUGCUGACUAUCAAGCUGAUAAGUAACCUUCCUAUACGAUUUACUAUCACUAUAUAACAAUAUGAAAGCAAUUCUCAUUUGUAAGCUUAGCGGCUGGCAAUAAUUUGAAAAGUCUUAUGCGCACCAACUCAUGCUCUUGUGUGUAUAUUUCAUUACUACAUUUCAAAACUAAGUAUGAAAUUGCGAGU